UCUCAUUUGUUAUCCUUCACCUUCUACGCAAAAAACAAGCAUUGAAAAAAUUCGGUGGUAAAAAUAAAUAUCAUCACAGCAGAGCGCAAACAAACACAACGAUGUCCAAAAUAUCCCGUCGAGCCAAGGAGCUCAAGUCGAUGGGAGACCAUGAUCACUUCCUAAAAAGGAUCCAGAAGACACUCUACUACGGCAAACUGCCGACGACCGAUCGCUUAAGCUUACCGGUCACAGAACUAGCUUCAGAAUUGUUUUCUGAACCUCAUACUGGAAGAUCCUUGGACAGGCUGCACUGCAAAGAUGCGGCAUACAUAUCCCGCGAGGCGUGCAUUUCACCGUGCUCAUUUGUUUUGGCUAUGCUGUAUUUAGAAAGACUGAAGGCGUGCAAUCCAGAGUAUUUGCAAUGCGUCGCACCUUCACAGCUAUUUUUGGUAUCAUUGAUGGUUUCCAGUAAAUUCUUAUACGAUUACGGUGAAGAAAGCGGUGUGGUCAUGAGUGAAUGGGCUGAAUCCGGUGGUAUUUCUAUAGAUGAACUUGUAGCUUUAGAACGGGAAUUUUUAAGUUCAAUUCAAUGGGAUAUUUUUGUGAAAGAGGCCACUUUCUGGCAGAAAUUCAACGCGUUGGAGGAAACACUCGCACAGCGCGAGACCAAAAUCCGCGGCCAUUUUACUUACGCUGAAUUAGAAACACUUUCGCGUAUAUUCGAUCUACAAUCGUUGCUCAACGCUCUGGCGACCAUAAUGGCGGUGUUAGUAACAACAUACACCGCUGGUUUGCUCACAAUACUUGCCUCGAUGUACAUCGCCAGCCAAAUUCCCGGCCAUUUACUUAAUCAACCAUCAGCGCCCUCUACAACAUCCACAACAGCAAAUCGUACUUACUUCCCUGCAUUGGUAGAAAACGACACUUCUUCAAUUUACUACCUCGAUGAAACCGAUGAUAACAAAAAGUCAUUGUCAUCAUCCCGAUAUGCUGUGGAUGUAUUACAAACAAGUAUACUACUGGCUUCAAUUCAAAGCGCUGCACCACAAGAAAAUGACUUCCACGAUGAUAUUACAAACAAUAGUAACCGCGAGGAUGUCACCUGGGACUGGUGGAACAGUCCCAGUAUGACAUGGCUGUCGCAUGCUAGCAGACUAGUUGAAACCCUGCGAUUCUUUGCCGCUUCGAAACUGACUCAGGAUAAUUUCAUGGAUAUGUCCAUCGCCAACUCGAAGAAAGUCGAAUUGGUGGAUAAAUUGCACAAGGGGACAAAGAUUCGCAUGCAGGAUUUAUUGGAGAGUUCAUGGCAUACCGAAUGGACGGAUACGAUCAGUGGGUAUUUCCCUUACAAGCACCUGACACAAUUCUUCCAGGAGGUGAAGGCGUAGAAGACUAAAUUUUCAUACGUGCAGACAGCGCAAGACGAUAUUUAUUUUAAUACGCUACGAAAUGUACGAAAUUUUUGGUUUCUUUGAGAAUAAAUAGCUUUUUUUCCGAUUAUUAAAUGAAA